AUGGUUGUAUUAGCAGCAGCAAUUUGUACAAAGAAUGGGAAACCAUUGUUAUCACGUCAAUUUUCAGAGAUGACAAAGAGUAGAGUUGAAGGAUUAUUGUCAGCCUUUCCAAAGUUGAUUGGUAAUGGCAAACAACAUACUUUUAUAGAGACUGAAAACAUUCGUUAUGUCUAUCAACCAUUGGAAUCACUCUAUCUCGUUUUGAUCACCAACAAGAAUUCAAAUAUACUCGAAGACAUUGAAACGCUUCAUCUCUUGGCCAAGAUCGUACCAGAGUAUAGCAGUUUCGAUGAACAAGACGUAUCUAAAAAGGCAUUUGAUAUCAUCUUUACUUUUGAUGAAAUCAUUGCCAUGGGUUACAAAGAACGUGUCACUGUUCAACAAAUUAAACAUUUCAUUUCAAUGGAAAGUCAUGAAGAAGAAAGAGUUAGACUUGAAGAAUCGAUGAAACAAAAACAAGCCAAGUUGGAAGGAAAUAAAAAGAUGAAGGAAUUGGAAAAGUUGAGAAUGAUGGGAGGUGGUAUGGGAGGAGGAAUGGGAGGAGGAGGAAUGGGAAGCGGCAGCAUGGGAAGUGGUGGUAUGUCACCAUCCUAUGGAGGCGGCAGUGGAAACAACUAUCGUAACGAUAAUCAUAGCAGUGAUCGUGAUAGUAACCAUUCCUCACCAUUAAUUGAUAGAGAAAGACGUGAUACUACACCAAAACCAAGUUCAGCACAACCAAUGAAAGAAGGUAUGAAAUUGGGAAUGAAAUCAAAUAAAAAGAGUGCAAUUGCUCAAGUAUUAAAAGAAGAAAAGGUAGUAGAAAAGGAAGAUGAAUUGGAAGCAUUACUCGAGACUGGAACUGGAUCAGGUGCUGCUGGUGGAUCAUUUGAAAAAGCAGUGCCAACAGAGGCCGUUCACAUUGUGAUUGAUGAACAGAUUUUGGCAGAAGUUGAAAACGACGGAACUGUCAACUCUAUGGAUAUCAAGGGUGCUCUCUCUGUCAACAUUGGCAACUCUAGCUUGGGUGCCGUCAAGAUUGCAUUCAAAAAGGGACCAACUGCCAACCAAUUCCAAUUCAUCACUCAUCCCAACAUUGACAAGCAGACAUUUGCCUCUGCCAAUACUCUUCGUACCAAGGAUGGUAAGACAUUCCCAUCGGGUGGUAUCCUCAAGUGGAGAUGUCGUCCAACCGACGAUGCACUCCUCCCCAUCAAGGUCAACUGCUGGCCAAAUGCAAGUGGAGGCGUAACUACCGUCAAUCUCGAAUACGAAGCCUCUUCUUGCUUCCCACUCAAAAAUGUUUUAAUCACCAUCCCCUCUACCAUUCAACCAAUCAUCAAUCAAGUCGACGGUCAAUACGACUAUUCUCACAAGGACAAACAAGUCCUCUGGAAAAUCCCACUUAUCGAUGAUUCAAAUAGUCAAGGUUCAAUGGAAUUUACCGUCAAGGGUAAUGUUCCUUCUUUCUUCCCAGUUAAAAUUCAUUUUACUUCAACUAAAACUAUUUGUCAAAUUGAUAUUAUUGAUUCAGUUAUUGAAGAAACAGAUAUACCAACACCAUUUUCAAGUGAAGUUACACUUUCAACUGAUAAUUAUGAAAUUAUAGGUUAA